AAAGACCUCCCAGAAAGCGUGCCCCAUAUGUCGACCGGCACGGGCUGGGAAACUGCCUUGUUCGGCGAUACAUCGUUCGUAACGGUCUUCGUCUCCACACCUACCCACGUACGCAUAAAUAGCGCGAUGCGUUGAAGGACUGUCCCCGCCAGCGUCGACAUCCCCGACGUCUCAGGCUCCUCGUCCCCGGGUCUCCAGCACGAUCACCAUGCUCGCUGUGCGUUCCCUCGGCAUCGCCCUCCUCGCAGCCGCCCUGCGCGUGUCUGCGGGCCCGCUCGCGAAGCGCGCCGCGGCGUAUUACGACCCUGCUGACGACGGAGGCUCGAUGUUGACUAACGCUGGCGACGGGUACGGCGAACCGCUGAACGUCAUCAUCUCGGGCCUCAGCUCGCCGGACGUCCUCACGUACGACGGCUCGAUCAACUACGCCCGGGCCAUCGGGUUCUCGACGGAGUGCCUUGGCAUACACAUCGGGGCCCCGCAGAGCGCGAACCUGGGGGACGGCAAUGGGUCGGUGAACCAGACGAUCGAGCUGCGCGAGGAUUACGGCUCCGCGUCGGUGGGGACGUGCCUCGAGAGCGCGAUCGGUGGGAACCACUUCAGGAUCUUCGUGCAGAACGGGACCGCGGCUGACAGCGGUGCUCUGUUCCUCGCCGUCUCGUAUGAGGAAGACGCGUCCGAUGGGCACGACAUCGAGCCGAAUGGCUAUGACAUCGGGCGUGACGACCUUGUCUCGGACGCACUGGGGACGACGAGUUAUGGCGGGGUGACAUAUAGUACGACGGCUGAGAACAUCACGGGCUUGCUGUCGGCGGGCAGCGCGGGCAUCAACCAUGACAUAUCGAUUGACGGGAUCGUGACCCUCUUGACGGUGACCGUCCAGUGAGCGCUCGGGCCGUUGGAGCGCUCGCGAUGUAUACCUUGUUGGAUCUAAUAGCAUUGGGACUGUAAGGGGACAAGAGAAGGGAUUCUGUGUGCAGGUCUCGGAUGCACGGUGGUGGACCGACGAACGAGGGACCGGGUUGACGGGCGCUCUGGGCGUGGUGGCGUUGGGAGACACGUGUCUGGCGAGCAACGCGCCGAUUCGCACGUUGAUUGGCUGGUGGCCUGAGCGAUCCUACUGCGGAAAUGGGACGCUCUGUUCCUCAGCCUGCCUUCGA